UGUUGCUCACACGGGUUCACAGAGUUUCGUAACUGUGCUGUUGGCUCUAGUACUUGUUUGCUGUUGCUGCGGCCGCCGCCAUCUUGGUCCACCACGAGGAGACCACAGUGGGGCCCCCGUCAAGAAGGAGGAGACCACGGUGGGGGCCCCCGUCAAGGAGGAGGAGACCACAGUGGGCCCCCCGUCAAGGAGGAGGAGACCACGGUGGGGCCCCCCGUCAAGGAGGAGACCACGGUGGGGCCCCCCGUCAAGGAGGAGACCACGGUGGGGCCCCCCGUCAAGAGGAGGAGACCACAGUGGGGCCCCCGUCAAGAGGAGGAGACCACAGUGGGCCCCCAUCAAGGAGGAGAGGAGACCACAGUGGGCCCCCGUCAAGAGGAGGAGACCACAGUCGGCCCCCGUCAAGAGGAGGAGACCACAGUGGGCCCCCGUCAAGAGGAGGAGACCACAAUGGGCCCCCAUCAAGGAGGAGAGGAGACCACAGUGGGCCCCCGUCAAGAGGAGGAGACCACAGUGGGCCCCAUCAAGGAGGAGAGGAGACCACAGUGGGCCCCCGUCAAGAGGAGACCACAGUGGGCCCCCGUCAAGGAGACCACAGUGGGCCCCCAUCAAGGAGGAGAGGAGACCACAGUGGGACCGCCGUCAAGAGGAGGAGACCACAGUGGGCCCCGUCAAGAGGAGGACCACAGUGGGCCCCCAUCAAGGAGAGGAGACCACAGUGGGCCCCCGUCAAGAGGAGACCACAGUGGGCCCCCGUCAAGAGGAGACCACAGUGGGCCCCCGUCAAGAGGAGACCACAGUGGGCCCCCGUCAAGAGGAGACCACAGUGGGCCCCCGUCAAGAGGAGACCACAGUGGGCCCCCGUCAAGAGGAGACCACAGUGGGCCCCCGUCAAGAGGAGACCACAGUGGGCCCCCGUCAAGAGGAGACCACAGUGGGCCCCCGUCAAGGAGACCACAGUGGGCCCCCGUCAAGAGGAGACCACAUGCCUAUGGGCAUAGAGGACUAAACCUUAGGUCCUGCCGCCACCUGCAACCAGUCCAGGUUACGAGGGCAGGCAGCAUCGAGCGACGUCCUGCCUCUCCUGAGCGGUGCUGCAGGCUGGAGGCUGCCAGAGUAUUGAUUCCCGACACUGCAUCGCCGAUACGCGACGCUGCAUCGCCGAUACCCGACGCUGCAUCGCCGAUACCCGACGCUGCAUCGCCGAUACCCGACGCUGCAUCGCCGAUACCCGACGCUGCAUCGCCGAUACCCGACGCUGCAUCGCCGACACAGAUUUGA